AUGUUAGAAAUAGCAGUGACGAUGCUCCUGCUGACUCCUGUCGUGUCUCAGGAAGAAACUAUGAAAUGUCACACAGGUGAUCCCCUCCCUGUUCCACAUGAAUGGUACCAACUAGGUUGUUUCCUCAUUGGUGGAAUGGCUUCUCAUAUCUCCUAUAUAGUCAACCAGGUUACUUUUGAGGAACACCCUUCUCAGAACCUGUUUGAUUUUCCACAGGUCAUAACCAAGUUCUACCAACACAGCCUGGCUUUGGCAUUUGCAGUAAACGAGAUCAACAAGAAUGACAAUAUCCUGCCCAAUGUCACCCUCGGGUUCCACAUCUCCGACAGCUAUGACAGUGCAAGGAUGACAUAUCGGACGACACUGGACCUGAUUUUCAAGGCACAUACAUUUCUUCCCAACUACAAAUGUGGCAAACAGAAACCACUUCUUGCCAUUAUUGGAGGACUUGGCUCUGACACCUCUUUCCUUAUGAUGGACAUCAUUGGCCUCUUCAAAAUUCCGCAGCUGAUAUAUGGUUCAUUUGCACCAGAUGAGAUCCAAACAAAGGGUGCUCCUCCCUUUUACCGCAUGGUUCCAAAUGAAAACCUUCAGUAUAAGGGGAUUAUAUGGCUACUUCAGCAUUUUAGGUGGACCUGGGUUGGGCUCUUUGUUGUGGAUGAUAACAGUGGAGAGCAAUUCCUCAGAAUAUUGGAGCCAAUGUUUUCCAGGCAUGGCAUCUGUUCAGCCUUCACAAAAAGAAUCCCACAAGAUAUCCGUAUGGAAGAAUUCAUCAAUCAUAUUAAUUAUGCUAGUCCAACUGAUGUACCUUUCCUAGAUCCUAAAACUGUUACAAUGAUCACGUAUGGAGAAUCUUUAACAAUUUUGUGGCUGAGAACUUUUAUAUGUUCACAGGAUUCAGGAAAUAUGCAAAACAUAUUCUUUGGGAAAGUGUGGAUUAUGACAAUGCAGAUGGAUUUUAUAUUAACGGGUGCUGCAAGAGGAUGGGGUUUUCAGAUGUUCCAGGGUGCUAUUUCCUUCACAAUUCACACAAAAGAGGUACCAGGUUUCAGAGAAUUUCUUCAAAUCAUUAAGCCAAAUUGGACUCAAGGUGAUGGGUUCCUAAAAAAUUUCUGGGAGCAAGCCUUUGACUGUUUCUUUCCAGAUCCAGGGGUGCCUAUAAUGGAUGAUGAUAGCUGUACUGGAGAGGAGAGUCUGGAAAGUCUCCCUGCUGGACUUUUUGAAAUGCACUUGAAUGGCCACAGUUACAGCAUUUAUAUUGCUGUCUAUGCUUUGGCUCAUGCUUUGCAUGCCAUGUACUCACCUAGGUCCAAGCACAGGCCAAUGUUGGUUGAUAGCAAUAUUGAACUUCAGAACCUGAAGCCUUGGCAGCUCCACCUGUUUCUUCAAGACAUUUCAUUUAACAACUCAGCUGGAGAAACUGUGUCCUUUAAUGAUAAACGGGAAAUGAGAGGUGGAUUUGACAUCAUGAACCUGGUAAUUUUGCCAAAUAACUCAUUCCAGAAAGUGAAAGUUGGGAGGGUUGAUCCCAGUGCCCAUGAAGGAAAACGAUUCACCAUCAAUGAAGAUACAAUUGUGCUUCCUCUUUCGAUGUGUAAUGAACAAUGCCAUCCUGGUCAUCAGAAGAAAAUGAAGGAAGGGGAAAAGUUUUGUUGCUAUGAUUGUGUCCCGUGCUUAGAUGGGAAGAUAUCAAACCAGAUUGAUGCGGAUGACUGUUUCAAAUGCCCAGAAGACCAGUAUGUAAACAAAAAUAAAAAUGGUUGCAUCCCUAAAGUUAUAACCUUUUUAUCAUAUGAAGAACCUCUAGGGCUGACUUUGGCCUCAACUGCAGUUUCUUUUUCACUGACCACAGCCCUGGUGCUAGGAAUGUUUAUUAAGCACAGAGAUACCCCAAUAGUCAAAGCCAACAACAGGGACCUCUCCUACACUCUCCUCGUCUCCCUCCUGCUCUGUUUUCUCUCUUCUUUGUUAUUCCUUGGCCAUCCUGGGAAAGUGAUCUGCCUCCUUCAACAAGCAGCUUUUGGCAUCAUCUUCUCAGUGGCUGUUUCUUGUGUGCUGGCCAAAACCACCAUAGUUUCUCUCGCAUUCAUGGCUACAAAACCAGGAUCAAGAAUGAAGAAAUGGGUGGGGAGGAAAGUGUCCUGUUCAAUUGUAAUUUGCUGUUCACUUGUUCAAAUAGGUAUUUGUACUGUGUGGCUGGCAACCUUUCCCCCAUUCCCUGAUUUAGACAUGCAUUCGGUAAAUGAAGAAAUCAUUGUACAGUGUAAUGAAGGGUCGGCCAUCAUGUUCUACUGUGUCUUGGGCUACAUGGGUCUUCUUGCAAUCACCAGCUUCAUGGUGGCAUUCCUUGCCCGCAAGUUACCCGACAGUUUUAAUGAAGCAAAAUUCAUCACUUUCAGCAUGCUGGCAUUUUGCAGUGUUUGGUUGUCCUUUAUUCCGACUUACCUGAGCACAAGAGGGAAAGACAUGGUGGCUGUAGAGAUCUUCUCCAUCUUGGCCUCUACUGCUGGUUUACUGGGUUGUAUCUUUUGCCCGAAAUGUUACAUCAUUGUGUUGCGACCAGAACUGAAUAGCCGGGAGAAACUAAUGAGAAGACAGUAUUAA